AUGAUUGGAAAGGACUUUGCCGAACAGUCGGGAUUCUUCACUAAAGCCAUCCAUGAAGGACCUACUCCAGAAUCUCUGGGAGAUCCUAUUGUACCACCAAUAGUUAAUUCUACGGUUUUUAAAUAUGACUCUGUACACAACGAUAAGAAUUUCGAAUACACGCGCGUGGGAAAUCCCACGAGACUCGCUUUGGAACAAUGUCUAGCUGCUCUGGACAAUGGAAAGUAUGCAUUGGCAUUUUCAUCUGGUCAGGGAGCAACGACGUCCAUCACUCAUCUUGUGAACCCAUACGAGCACCUCCUUGUCACGAAGGAUUUGUACAUGGGAACGGAAGGAUUAAUGACAAAUUUAAGGAACGAGAGGUGCAUUGAUGUCGAAUACUUCAAUGCAGCUGAUCUUGAGGCACUCAAAAGUGCUCUGAAGCCCAACACGAAAAUGGUAUGGCUCGAAAGUCCAACAAAUCCCCAUUUAAUCGUGGUUGAUAUCAAAGCCAUUGCAGACAUCUGUCACAAGCACAAUAAAGAUGUGAUCGUUGUUGUGGACAACUCGUUUGUGACUUCUUACUUCCAACGACCAUUGGAUUGGGGUGCCGAUAUCUCAAUGUAUUCCCUGACAAAAUUUAUGAAUGGCCAUUCGGAUGUUUUGAUGGGAGCUGCCGUGAUGAACAGCCAGGCAAUUUAUGAACGUUUGAGACGCUUCCAAGUAAACCUGGGUAUCGUCCCUGGACCCUUUGACUGCUUCCUAAUGCACCGCAGCCUCAAGACUCUGGGCGUUCGAUUGCAGAAGCAUCACGAAAAUUCCCUCAAAGUGGCCAAGUUUCUGCAGAAACACCCAUGCAUUGAAAAGGUGAUUCAUCCGGCACUGCCCGAUAAUCCACAGUAUAGCCUGACAUUGAGGCAGACGUACGGACAUAGCGGAAUAAUGGCCUUCUACUUGAAAGGUGGUAUUGAUGAAGUUAAGAAAUUUGCAAGCAAAUUGAAAUAUAUUGCAAUCGCCAAAUCGCUCGGAGGCGUUGAGUCCACCAUUGUCUUUCCAUACACAAUGAUGUACGAGCGAUCUACACGAGAACAAAAGAUCGAUAUGGGCAUCACGGAGAAUUUUGCCCGCUUCUCUGUGGGCAUCGAGGAUGCCGAUGUGCUCAUCAAUGAUCUAGAUCAGGCCCUAAGUUCACUUCCUACAUUCCAUGUCAGCAAGUUGUAGACAUUGAGUCCCAUGAAUUUAUAUUACUUCUUGCAAAAGAAAAAUCCCAUCUUGUAAUUCAAUAGAGAAUGAAUUAAAAUUUGAUGAAACA